GCUCGCCCAGCGACGACGUCUCGCUGCACGCGCCCAGCCGUGCUAAUUUUACACGCCACUUACUGUGCUCCUGCACAUUUCACCAGCCGAUAGUGAAGUGUUUUAACCACGUAGUGAGUGAGUGUCGAGUGCCCGCCGAGUGCCGCCCCGGUGCCGCCGUGCUUCAACCGUGGCGACUUGACAAACGGCAUUGAUAAACGAAACAAUGUCUGGAGCUUUAUGAUACCACGACUACUUUGUAACAUUUUUGUACAGUUUUGAUAUUAUAUUUUCAUUUUACGUGUAAGAUGUGCUAGUGUUGACUGUUUGUGUAAAGUCGAUAUGUCGUCGAGGACGGGGCCUCGCGGGACGUCAGUUACGACCAGUCAGAGGAAACACCGCUCGCGGUCCACCACCAGAUAUGACAUGGAGAAGAAGCCGAAGACGAAGGGAACGAGGCCGUCGGGCACCACUAGCUUGGUCUCCAUACCCAAUAGCAUCAAACUGACUAUGCUCAACAGCGGGCUUAUAUCUUUCGACCGAGUGACGUUUAAGCCCAAAACGGACGAGAAUGGUUCCAUAUCGGAGACGAUACCCGACCGGCCAGUCGAGCUCAAGAACUUCCCCAAACUCUGCGAGCAGCGCAGAAAAUUCCCAGUGCUCUACAAACUAGAGUUCCAAACGGCAGUCAAAGUGGAGACGCAUUCGUGUCGGCACGCGACGAAGAAGACCAAUCUACACAAGAACCAAAACCAAAAAGUUAUUCCUUACGACUACAAUCGAGUGGUGCUAGAAACCGUGGAUCGGGAGCCAGAUUCGGACUACAUCAACGCUUCCUAUAUAGAUAGUAUAUUAAAACCAAACGCGUAUAUAGUAACUCAGGGUCCAACCGAGGAGACGGUGGUGGACUUCUGGCGCAUGAUCUGGCAGGAGCGGGCUGCUGCCAUCGUCAUGCUCACCAAGACCUUCGAUUUUAUCAAGGUAAUGUGUGUCCAAUACUGGCCACCGAACAAAGAAAAAGAUGAAACGUACGGCGACAUCAGCGUCGGAAUUGUUCAAGAGGAGGAACUCGCCAACUUUCACAUACGAACAUUCAGACUGUACAAGAGCGAGAAAGAUGUGGUGGUAGAAGAGAGAUUUAUCCUGCAGUUUCAUUACACGCAGUGGCAUUCGCACACGUGUCCGUUCAGUAAUGCCCUGCUGGAGUUCAGGAGACGCGUGAGGGCGGUCGUGGGGAGAAGGUUGGCGACCAACCCAGCGGCUGGACCGAUGGUCGUACACUGCAAUGACGGCGGUGGCAGAUCAGGCGUAUACCUAGCCAUUGAUGCGAAUUUAGAAUUGGCUGAAGAAGAAGACUGCUUUGAUGUUUUCGGAUUCUUGAAAAAGUUACGACAAUCGAGGAAAGGCCUUAUAGAAAACGAGGAACAAUACAAAUUCGUAUACGACACAUUAGAAGAGCACGUGGUCUGUGGAGUGUCAUGGUUCCCCGUGUCCGAAUUGUCCCAAAGACUGAAGCAGAAAUCCCAAAGGGACCCGGUGUCGAAGCUCAACGAGUACCAGAAGGAGUACCAGCAGAUCUGUAAACAGACUCCUAGGUUUACGAUAGGUGACUGCGCUGGCGGACACAGGGGUGACAAUAGAGAAAAAAAUCGAGAUGUUCUCGUCGUUCCGCCUGACAAUUUUCGCCCAUACCUGACAUCUUUCCAAGGGAACAGUUUUACCGACUACAUAAAUGCCGUAUUUGUAGAUGGUUACACAAAGCCUCGUGAGUAUAUAGUGACGGAAUGGCCUCUCGUAAGAACUCAAGGAGAGUUCUGGUCCUUAGUUUACGACUAUGAAUGUGCAGCCGUCGUUGUUUUAUGCGUCCCACCAAAGAACUCUCAACAAUACCCUCCGUUUUGGCCGGAGGGCCGCCAUUCAAAGAAGUACGGACCAGUGUUCACAAUAGAUCACGUUUCUCAUAAUCAUUAUACCAAUAUCAAGACUUGGAUAUUUAGAAUCAAUAAGAAGAUCAUCUCCCUUACUGAACUAAUGGCGGGCGUGAAGGCUCCAACGAAGACAGUGCAACUAUUCCAACUGACGUGCUGGCCGAUGGGUCACAAGGUGCCCUCCUCCACCAACUCGCUCGUGGAACUCAUGAACAUGGUCGAGCGGUGGCGGCAGCGGACUGAUUAUGGGCCCGUCUGUGUCGUCUCGCCGGAUGGGCGCAGCCGGGCCGGCGUCUACUGCGCUGCCAACGCGUGCAUCGAGCAGGUGAUCCAACACGGCGAGGUGGACGUGUUCCAAGCAGUGAAGACAGUGCGCCGACACCGGCCCCAGCUCGUCGAGAACAUGACCGAGUACAAAUACUGCUACGAUCUCGUGCUGCACUACGUGUUGCACUACUUGAACAAGGAUAUGAAUGAAAAGAAGUGAGAGUGCGAACUCAAAGACGAGCUCUGGUUCAUUGAGUUCGGGCGUGGUGCAGCGUUACCGACCACACCGGAGGAAACGAGUCCAUCUGCUUCACGAGACUCCAAACGGCAACAGCAGCAGCAGCGGCCGGCGCGGCCUCGCCGCGGUCUGU